CUAGGCCUUUAUUCUCAGGGCUUCAUUGAGUUGUCAUAAUAGCCUAUGGCAUCCACUAGGUGUCAGUCAAAGAUGGCUGCUCAAUAGCAUGUCUUCCAUCAUAUCCAUUAAUUGGAUAAUUAAUCCAUAAAAACGUACUAGUUUGCCUUAAUGAAUGCGACCAUCCAACAGCACAUAUAGAGAUAGCUUACCAACACGUCCAAUGUCACAGAUGCAUCGAAUUAUUACAGAUGGAAUUCUGGUACUAGAAUAUUGUCAAUAUUUUAUGGCUGAAAUGCAAGUGAAAAAGUAUGGUAGCAUUUAUGCAAUUCUAUAGGCUAUGGACACACACAUUUCAAUAUAAUCAUCCCACGGUAUUCAACACGUUGUUUGCAUUCUUUAGGCGAAGUUGAUGUGACCUAUUCAAAAGUGCACCCACAGAUCUAGACAUACAACCCCAUCGAGGAAAUAUACAGGAAUGUUCAUAGGCGCACUACAACUACCGCAAGCAGUAAACUGCGCCGCACACAGAAACAGCAUUGGAUUGUGGGUAAGAUAAUAUCUUGUGUUUCCUGAAUUAGUUAUGGCAACAGUAGUAGAAGGUUAACGUUUAUAGAAAUAACGUUUUUUUUUCUUUAGUUUAGAAGUUCAAUUGUAUGUCAAUUCGCAUGAGACCGCAUCUUGUGUAGAACUACAGGUUGACUGCUUGAAAAGUUAUAACGGUAGCCAGCAAUGAGUUUGAACGAACACUCUUUGCAAGCUCUGUCAUGGAGAAAACUUUACUUGAGUCGAGCAAAGCUGAAAGCUACGAGCAGAACUUCAGCUCUYCUGUCGGGUUUCGCGAUGGUGGCUAUGGUAGAGGUGCAGCUGGAGCCAGAUCAUGUGUAUCCCCCAGGGCUGCUGAUAGCCUUCAGCGCCUGCACCACUGUCCUAGUGGCAGUGCACCUCUUCGCCCUGAUGAUCAGCACCUGUAUCCUGCCAAACCUGGAGGCCGUCAGCAACGUUCACAACUUAAACUCGGUCAACGAGUCACCCCAUGAGCGCAUGCACCGCCACAUUGAGCUGGCCUGGGCCUUCUCCACUGUUAUUGGUACCCUGCUCUUCCUGACCGAGGUGGUUCUGCUGUGCUGGGUCAAGUUCCUGCCCCUCAGGCGCCCCACUGAUAAUGGCACCAUCAGUUCUGGUGAGGCGGCAGCCAUUGCCUCCACCUCCAUCAUGGUGCCAUUUGGAUUGGUGUUCAUCGUCUUCGCUGUGCACUUCUACCGCUCUCUGGUCAGUCACAAAACUGACCGUCAGUUUCAGGAGCUGGAGGAGCUGUCCAAUAUCACCCGGCUGCAGAACCAGCUGGACCACAGGGCAGAGACGACCAGUCUGCAGCCCUCCUCUGUCCACUUCCCCUAACAGGAACAUACACAUGAGUAGAGAGAAUAGAGCAUUAGACAGCUGUAAGAAAUCUAUAAUGAAGCUUUUUUUUUUAUAUCUAUUUGCAUGAGCACCAUGAGAAAGGAUACUUUAUAUAGUAAUAUAUAAUUUCUACAGAUGUUUUGUAUUGGGAUUUGGACUGCUCUAGGCUUUUUCUAUUUGCUUAAAUGGUUGUGGAGAGGUCAGGAGAAUUUGCUUUGUAUUGUUCAUUCGAUUGGACUCGAGCAACUUUUUUUAAAUUACUUUGCUGCAUGUCUAUUGUCUUCCUUAUGUCUUCAGGAACAGAUCUGAAUAGCUGAACGUGAGUGUGAAAUUUGUAGUUGAAUAUUUUUGGAUAUCUUCAUUAAAUAGAUGAUAUUUGUAUUUAUAUCACAUACGCAUGACUAAACUACAUUUUGUCUAUGGCGGCUGGGGAACACCAAAAGUGUGGGAUGAACAUUUUGUGAAGUAGCUAGAAUUAUUCAWUUACAAAUGAUAACCGGCCAAUUUCCAUGAAAGUAAAACUCCUCAGGAGAGUAUAACAUGUAUUAGCUGCUGUAAUAGUUAUGGUGCAAGCAAAGUGCAGAAUUCAGAUAUUUUGUGUCAGGUGACCUUAAUCUGUCCAUCAGGGUUGGAAUAUUUAUAUUUGAACUUUUUAAACUCAACACUAUUGAUAAUUGAAGAUAUGCUCUGAUGUUUUUUUGAUAAGUUAAUGCAUUUUAAGCACACUCAUCAUACUGUUGUUACAUGAUAGAUGAACUCUUAUACUGUGGUUGUGAAAAUAUUAGGCUGAAAUAUUGUCCUCAACAUAAUGUACUUCCUUAACAAUACUGUAAAGCACUAAUUGUUUUGCAUUUAUGUGAAGUCACAAGUAGCUACUUCUAAAUUAAUUUCAAUGGAGGCAAAACUUCAGAUCUUUAUCGUCAACCUUUGAAUGUGAUCCAAGUGCACAUAUUACUUUAAUAAAAUAAUGGCAUAUGA